GACGAGAAGGAAAUACUCCAGGGGCACACGUACUUCUCCCCGAGGCCAUGUUUCUGUACAAUACACGCUUCCACCGGUAGGUCUGGCGAUAACAAUCUUUUCCUCCGGUCAGCGGGGAAAACAACGUAGCCCUGCCGCAGCUAUGGGAAGGCCUCCGGCCGGACCCGGACCCGGACCCGGACCGACCGACCGCGUCCCGGACCGACCGCGUCCCGUCCCGUCCCAGCGGACCCGCACGACGCCCCCGUCUCUACGCGACGCUCCUCCCCUCGCACAAAGCCCUCCGGCAGCCCGCCCGCGUUCCCGCGUUGCUAGGACACCGAGCUCGCGCCCCAGCAACGCGCCCAGUCGCGCGGCGCUUUGCGGCAGCGAGGGCGCGUCCCCCAUCCCCUCCCUCAGUGGGACCGGCGGCGGCGGCGCCAUGUCCUCGCCGGGGCGGUCCGAGGAGGCGGAGCGGACGCUGUUCGUGGGGAACCUGGAGAGCCGCGUGCGGGAGGAGAUCCUCUACGAGCUCUUCCUGCAGGCUGGACCAUUAACUGAUGUGACAAUGUGUAAGGACAAAGAAGGAAAAACUAAGUCUUUUGGAUUUGUCUGCUUUAAGCACAAAGAAUCAGUGCCUUAUGCAAUAGCUUUGCUGAAUGGAAUACGUUUGUAUGGAAGGCCAAUUAAAGUGCAGUGUCGGCUUGGGAGUUCUCGCUCACCAGAACUAAACAGCCCUACGCAUGGUUUUGAGAACCAUACUGACUUAUAUUCACCUUCGUAUAGGUAUCAAGAGCCUUAUGGAAAUCCUCCAUUUCCUGUUACUCCUUUUCCAAUGAACAAUAGUUUACCUCAUGAAUACUCAGGCUUUCAAAAGAUGACGAACCAUUUUUUAGCACAGCAGUACACAGUACAGAGUCUAAUGGGUCAACAAUUUCCUUACUAUCAGAUGACUCCACCACUGCCUUCAAAUUUAUCCUUUUCUCUCUAUCAGAAUCAAGCUGCAAAUUUUAAAUCUGCACAGAGUUCUUUUGAAUUGGCCCUGCCACAUUCAAGUGACUGUGAAGUGCACCAGGUGGAUAAAAGCACCUCUAAAAGAAAGAGAGAACAGCAAAGUUGUGACGGUGACACUAGUAUUGAGGAUGACAAAAAGAAACAAAGAAAGCAUGACCAAAAAUACAAGAAGCACAAAGCCAAGAAAAAGACGCAUUAAUACUGUUAACUGGUUUCAUCUUUUUUUAAAAUUAUAUUUGUUAUUUUUAUUUGA